AUGGGAUCCCUCGAAGAAACGUGCGCAUCUCUGCGCGCCCAAAUCACCGCCACAGAGGAACAGCUUGCUGGACUGAGACGCGAUCUCGCGAACGCCGAGCAAGCGCAAUCGGAGAGCGCAACCACAACCACCGCGGGAAACGAACACAAUGACCGGAAUGGCCAAGCAAGACGGUGGCCGCUGCUGCAGGAGGAAUAUAAACGAUAUGGACGACAGAUGAUUGUCUCUCAAGUCGGACUUAAGGGUCAGCUGAAGCUUCGAUCGGCCAAGGUUCUGCUCGUGGGAGCUGGAGGACUGGGAUGUCCAGCUGCGCAAUAUCUCGCCGGUGCUGGUGUUGGCACAAUUGGUUUGAUUGAUGGGGAUACGGUCGAGGUGUCGAACCUGCAUCGCCAGGUGCUGCACCGAACAAAGAACGUGGGGAAGUACAAGGUAGACAGUGCAAUUGAGUCGCUACGAGAGCUUAACCCACAUCCCACCUACAUUGCGCACCGAACACACCUCACGCCCGACGAGGCGCCCGCGAUCUUCCAGAACUAUGAUCUGAUUCUCGAUUGCACAGACAAUCCGGCAACACGUUAUUUGAUUUCGGAUACCGCGGUGCUUACCGGCAAACCAUUGGUUUCUGCGUCCGCUUUACGGACCGAGGGACAGCUUAUGGUGUUGAACAACCCACCCCGAGCUCCGGGUGAUAAGACUGGAGGACCGUGCUAUCGCUGUGUGUUCCCCAAACCGCCACCGGCUGAUAGUGUGGUCAGUUGUGCCGAUGGUGGUAUCCUGGGGCCGGUGGUCGGGACCAUGGGUGUCUUGCAGGCCCUCGAGGCGAUUAAGGUCAUUACUGCGCCUGAUGCUGAUGUGGCAGAUGAUGCUGCGAGUGUCCCCCGCGACCCUCCAGCUCUGCAUGUCUUCUCUGCAUACUCUAGUCCCUUGGUCCGCACAAUCCGUCUUCGUUCGCGCCGAGCAAACUGUGCAGUGUGCUCUGCCGAGGCGACAGUCACGGUGGAUACGAUCAAGUCAGGAUCGACGGACUAUGUAUUCUUCUGUGGCUCUGCAAGCCUUCCAUCUUUGCUUGGCCCCGAGGAACGUAUCUCUGCGCAGGAGUACCAUGAGAAGUACCCUAGUGUAUCCCAGGCGUCGCCACACACCGUACUUGAUGUGCGAGAUAAGGGGCAGUUCGAAAUCUGCAGUUUGGAAAAUAGCAUCAACAUCCCUAUUUCGGAUAUCCUUGCCUCAGGAUAUUCAAAGCCACAGGCGGCCGACACUGAGCAGCAAGCUCCGCAAUUGCCUUCUUGGUUACCGUCUGAACUCGGCUCCGAGUCCAACCCGAUCUACGUUGUCUGCCGUCUAGGAAAUGACUCGCAGAUUGUCGUGAAGAAAAUGAAAGAGCUAGGACUAGAUCAGAAUGGGCAGAGGUUUAUUGGUGACAUCCGCGGCGGCCUACGAUCGUGGAAAGAACAGGUAGAUCCAGAGUGGCCUGAAUACUGA